AUAUUUACCACACUUUCUAUAUAAAUAUGUUUUUACUUCAUUUAAUGGAAUAUUAUAAAACAUUGCUAUGUAUAUUUGGCGGGAAACACGCUGAGCCGACACCAAUGCGUUUGAUCUAUUGUGAAUGGACCGGUUUUGUUUCACAGCUGAUUUAAUUUGUUGAUUAUUUUUCAAAUAAGAUUUUAUAAAUGGGAAGGACCUCGAAGGACAAACGGGACAUCUUCUACCGACUGGCAAAGGAGGAAGGAUGGCGGGCACGAAGUGCCUUCAAACUACUGCAGGCGGAGGAUACGUUUCAUUUGUUGGAAGGUCUCACCCGGGCUGUGGACCUAUGUGCUGCUCCUGGGAGUUGGUCCCAAGUGCUGGCUAAGCACAUGUACGAACCUUUGCCACCGGAGAAGCGGAAAGAUGUGAAAAUAAUCGCAGUGGAUCUGCAGGGAAUGGCUCCCAUUGAAGGUGUCACCCAACUCCGGGCGGACAUUAGCAAGGAGUCGACGGCGGAGGCAAUCAUCGACUUUUUCGGAGGCGAGAAGGCACAGAUCGUGGUUAGCGAUGGAGCACCCGAUUCCACUGGAAUGCACGAUUUCGACGCCUAUGUUCAGGGCGAGCUGCUCCUCUCCGCCCUGAGCAUCUCUACUUUUAUCCUAGAAACGGGCGGCUCUUUUGUGUCCAAGAUCUACCGAGCGGACAGAACUAGCCGGCUAUACACCCAGCUUAAGCGUUUCUUCAAGGACGUCUGUGUUUUUAAGCCCUCCGCCUCGCGAAACUCCAGCAUCGAAGCUUUUGUGGUUGCCCGCCAGUUUUGCCUUCCCGAGGGCCAUAAACCUUGUAACCUAAUCUCGGAAUGGCACGAACAUCCCGAGACGUGGUUGUGCCGGAAGAAGGAGAACCCACCAGUUGUUCAUGUUCCUUUUGUCGCUUACAAAGGUGAUCUGGACUCGGAUCGCACCUACGACUUGGGGGAGGACUACGUUUACAAGGAGCCGGUGCAGCAACCCUUGACUGCCGCUUAUCAGGAUAUUAUAAAGAAAACCAGUCAAAUCAACAUCAAAUAUGAAGGCAUAAAAGUGAUGCAUGACGAGGAAUUGUUUAAGAAAUGGAGAGAGGCUAAUCUAGAUCUGGGUGCUGAACCUCACGAAGAAACUGAUGCACUGAAGAGUGUACAAGAUCAAAAAGCAACCGAAAGUUAAAAAUCUAAGAAAGGCAGCCCUCAAAAUCAGGGAAUUAAUCUGUUAGAUAUUUUAAAUAAAUAGUUUUUAAUCAGGGAGAAAUAUUUGCUGCUGUAACUGGAAUUGUUACAUACUUUGUUGACAAAGUUGUAGCAAUAAACUAAAGAAAAACCUUCUCUUGA